AUGUUGCAAGUGGGCAAGAACAUUGUGCUGACCGCCUCAGUUCGUCGCGCGGUGCAGUUGCAGUGCAGUGGAGCAGUGGUUAGAAAUGUGUCCUCUAGCGGUGUAGUGAACGCGAGUGCCGCUACCCAGUCCAGCAGCGAUCAACCGAAACCGAACCGAUCGUUCGUGAUGAAUCUGUUCAGUGGGAAGUUGCAGACGGCGGAACUGUUCCCCUAUCCGGAGCCGUUGAACGAGGAGCAGCGUGAAUAUGUGCAGGCUUUCAUCGAUCCGACGGUUAAGUUUUAUACGGAAGUUAACGAUGCAGCUAGAAACGAUGCGACGGCCUCGGUGGAGAAAGCGGUCGUGGAUGCGCUGUGGGAGCAGGGCUUUCUUGGCCCGUUCAUUCCAACCGAGUACGGUGGACUGGGACUCUCCAAUGCCCAAUCCGUCCGGUUGUCGGAGAUCUCCGGCAGUUACGAUCUCGGUAUGUCGAUCUACGCCGGAGCGCAUCAGACGAUCGGUACCAAGGGCAUCCUGAUGUACGGCAACAAGGAGCAGAAGGAGAAAUAUCUUCCCCAGCUAAGCACGGGCCGUGUGUUUGGUGCAUUCGCACUCACCGAACCGGGAACUGGCUCGGAUGCGGCCUCGGUCAAAACAAAAGCCGUCCUAAGCCCGUGCGGAAAGUAUUACAUACUGAACGGUUCGAAGCUGUGGUGUUCGGGCGGUGGCAUUGCGAACAUCUUUACCACGUUCGCGCAAACCGAGGUGGUUGACCCGAAGACGGGCGAGAAGAAAAGCAAAAUGAGUGCGUUUAUUGUGGAGCGUGGCUUUGAGGGUGUCAGUACGGGUCCGCCCGAGGACAAGAUGGGCAUCAAGUGUUCCGUCACGACGGAAGUGUUUUUCGACGAUGCAAAAGUGCCGGUGGAGAAUCUGUUGGGUGAGAUUGGCAAUGGGUUUAAGAUUGCGGUGAACAUUCUCAAUUCGGGCCGGUUUGGGUUGGGCGCGAUGUUGUCCGGGACGAUGAAGACGUGCGUUGAGAAGGCGGCCGAGCAUGUGAGCAAUCGGGUACAGUUCAAGCGAAAGUUGGUUGAGUUUGAAAAUGUGCAGGAGAAGCUGGCGAUGAUGGCGACGUAUCACUAUGUGGCGCAGAGCCUAACGUACAUGGUGGCGGGCAAUAUGGAUAAGGGUUCGGUGGACUUUCAUCUGGAGGCGGCCGUGAGCAAAGUGUUCUGUACGGAGGCGGCGUGGUAUGUGUGUGAUGAGGCGAUACAGCUGCUCGGAGGGAAUGGGUUCAUGAAGUCCAGUGGGUUGGAGCGGUUUCUGCGGGAUAUGAGAAUAUUCCGAAUUUUCGAAGGCGCGAACGAUGUGCUGCGGAUGUUCAUUGCUCUGACGGGCAUACAGAAGGCAGGAAAUGAUCUCCGAGGGCUGCAGAAGGCAUUGAAAAAUCCACUCGGAAAUAUGGGAGUGAUCCUGGCGGAAGGUACGAAACGAGCAGGACGCAGUGUUGGAGUUGGUGGAACGGAUUUGCGUCCUUUUGUUGCAGGCGAACUUCAAAAUGCGGCCAAGCAGUGCGCUGAGUCAAUGGACAUGUUCAGCAAGACCAUCGAAUCUCUGCUCGUGAAGCACGGCAAAGGCAUCGUCGAGCGACAGUUCCAGCUCGCCCGGGUAGCGGACAGUGCCAUCGACAUCUACACCAUGGCGGCCGUACUUUCCCGGGCGACCCGUGCCUCCCAGCGGGGACUUGCCUCCGCCAGCCACGAACUCCUGAUGGCCCAGAUCUGGUGCCAGGAGGCCAGCAGCCGCGUGCAGCGCAACAUUAACCGCAUCCACUCGGGCAGCUUCAAGGAGCACUAUCAGCGGCUGGCGCAGGUCGCACGGAACGUGUCGGAACGGCGCGGCCUACCGCACACUAAUCCGCUGGAGAUAGAUUAAGUGUGUUUGUGCUUUACAAUACCUUCCCCCAGUUUUGUAGAUAAACGAUAAUUAUCUUAGCACAGUAAAUCAUUGACGGAUAAUAAUAGAAAAGAAGGAAGAAUACACCA